CGGUAGUGCCUGUCAUGUAUCCAGCCAGGAUUAAGUGAUAUACGGAAAGCGCGAGUGUUUCGAGUCCUAAUGAGAAUUAAGUUGAGGCAGGACACAUACCUUUGUUCCUUAAUAAACAAGAAAAACAUUAACAUCAAGGACAGCUAUAAAGUGAAGUGUGUUAAAAUGAUAACUUUCAAGCUUUCAAUAUCAACAGUUGCUAGUGUCGACAGCAGCAAUGUGAAUUGCUGGCGCGGGCAGCAACUAUAAAUAGCAAGAAGGCAGCCAAUUGCAAAUAAGAAAAACUCUUCCACUGGCGGAAGCUAUUAACUAUCGCUGAAUGCCUGCAGCAAUUGCAAUUGUUAAGCAACAGCAACGAGAACAGCAGCAGCAACAACAAUUAGAACAUAAACAUAAUUUCAAUUUCAAUUUAUGUGCGCGCCCGCAAUGCUGCGACGUCGACGACAGCGCAAAGGCCACACGUAACACAACGGAUGCUGCUAACGUCGACGUCGCAGCAGCAGCAGAAGCAGGAGCAACAGCAACAAGGAGCCUAGAAGCAGCCACCAACGCAAGGAGCAGCAGUAAGCGCAAUUCAAAGUGGCAUCAACAACGAAGCGCCAGGGCGGCGUCAACUUUGCAAGCAGUUAUUUUUAUAACGACUGCGUUAGUUUUUAACAUAAUGCAGCAACAACAAGCGCUACCAUGGCCAACACGUAACGGUAUCUACGCCGAAGCCACACACAGCGACAGCAACAACAACAACAACAACAACAACAACAACAAAAUAAAUAACAACAAUCAGCCAACGCAUCGUUGUGGCAGGCGGAAACUUGCCCCGCUCUGGCUAUGA